AUGGAUAUCAGUCAGAUAUAUGCGAUCAUCGUCUUCGGUAUUGCGUUAUGCUUUCUCCUCAGGAAUAUCCUUUCCACACAGCAAUUUAUGACUGAUAUCACUCUUCAAACAUCGAAACGCCUAACUUAUAGUUACAUCCUCAACCGUCAUGCACUGAUAGGUCCAUGGAGCGUAGCCACUGCCAUGAUCCAGGUGGUGUACCUGACGGUGAAUGUGUUUUGUCUUUGCUUUGAGGUCGACGACUUGUCCCAUGCAGGUCGGCGCGCUGGGACGUUAUCCUUGAUCAAUAUAGGUCCGCUUUUGGGGGUUUUCCAUCUCGAUUUUCUCGCGACCGUAUUGGGGCUUCCUUUGAAAACAGUCAAACGUGUACAUCGUCUGGCUAGUCUCGCUGCUUUUGCACUUGCUGUGUUUCAUGUCGUUAUUUUGGCGGCAACGGAGAAAUCAGCGUUCCAGACCGAGUCCUUCCAUCCCUUUGUUAUCAUUGCGGGCUCGGCAUUGGGCUGGCUGGCGAUUUUGUCGUGGCGUAUUUUCCGGAAGCCCUCAUACGAAAUCUUCCUUCGAACUCACCAAGCCCUGGCUCUUCUUUGUGCUUAUUCGAUAUGGCACCAUUUACCUGCGGAACAGAUGUUCCCUCGCGUUUAUCUGUACGGAUUUGCGGGUGUGUUUGGUACGACAUUUGCACUCGAAGGAAUUAAUGUUUUCAUUCGAAGUGGAUGCUUCCGUCACAGACGCUCACGAGCCACCAUCACUGGUUCAUGCGGAAUGGUUAAACUCAGAUUACAUCUUUCUCGGCCCUUGAAGAUUGAACCAGGUCAACACAUCAAUCUGUGGAUGCCUUCAGUGAGCUUUUGGUCUUUUCUACAGAGUCACCCAUUCGUGGUGACCUCCUGGGCAGCCACGCCACAAACCACCCUUGACAUCUUCAUACAACCGCGCCAGGGCUUUACGAGAAACCUUCUCCACCUCGCCAACCGGGGAACGCAGACGGACAACAAGUGGGUUAUGUUUAGUGGUCCACAUGGCCAAACUAUUCCGACUGGCAAGUAUGAAAAGGUGAUGAUGAUUGCAGAUGGUGCCGGCAUAGCUGCCCAACUACCACACUUGAAGAGGCUGAUCCAUGGCUAUCACGCUCGCCAAGUUUUCACCCGCAGAAUCCACUUGAUCUGGCAGAUAAGUGACAUCAGCAUCGCAGCACAGCCAUUUCUGAAUGAGGCGCUAGAUCAGGACAAGCUCGAGAGCGGUGGUAUUCUCCAAAUCUCGAUCUAUGUGAACCUCAAUGAUGUUUCGAAGGUGUCAUUUGGGAGACGGAGUACCGUUUAUCCGGGAUUGGCGGAUUUCGAAAGUCUAAUAGAGAAAGACCUAAUAUUUAGUGGACAGCUCAGUCAGCUGUGGCCGGAACAGAAGGUCCUGGGCUCCUUGGCUAGUCGCCAAACGCAAUCGGUGAAGGAUCAUGAGCUUGCAUCCGCCGAGCACAGACCCGCGCACACGUUGAACGCAGGUCAUGCUCGACAGAGUGCUUCCUCCGCAUAUUCUACUGACGAGCACAGGUACGAAAUAAGUUACCACUCGGGCGAAAGAAGCGCAUUAGAUCGAUUUACUCCUGAGGGUGACAGCAUAGAAAAUGUGACACAACCACUGGAGGAGAGGUUUCUUGUUCUAGUAUCGGGGUUUACAGAGACUCGAGAUAAAAUUCGAAAGAUGGCACAAAGGCGUCUGGAGCUGAACGUGGAGCUUGCAGAGAUGGAAUUUCAACCCUUUAAAAUUUAG